AUAUUUACAACAUUGCCAAAUAAUAUACCAUCAUAAUGUAUAAAUAAUGUACAGUAAUUAUUUAUCUUUGCUAGUCAAAUGAUAAGAACUCCCACUUUGAGUUACUAUUUCCGACUACAUGUUUUAAACAAGAACACUGAUUUUGUUUAUUAAUUUAAUUUACCAUGCGGGUUAUUCUUUUUGUGAUUGUUUCUGCAGUUUUUUGUGGAUGUGUUGCAAGGAAGAGACCAGAGGACAAAACAAAAUGCCCAAAAGUCAAAUCGAUAAGGAAUUUCGAUUUAGAAAAGAUGUUAGGAGACUGGUAUGUCAUCGAAUAUUAUGCGAGUUCGGAAGAAGCAUUAUCUUAUAGAUGUAUGAGAGCAGAUUUCACAAUGUCAUCUCCACAAGAUGUCACCAUGAAUUUUACAUAUAGUUUUACCGAUGAUCCAAUUAAUGAACAACUUAUAGGAAAUAUCACAUGGAUAAUUCCUGAACCUGGUCAACCAGCUCACUGGACUCAUUCAGAAGACACUUAUGAAGGAGUUUACAACACUUAUGUUCUCGAUUCAGAUUAUACAUCGUGGGCUCUUCUUCUGCAUUGUGCAGAAAAAUCUAAAGUUCCGAGAUACCUUUCUAGUUUUAUAAUGAGUAGAGAACCAGAACUGGGUCGGAACGUUAUCUCCUAUUUGAGGGACAAAUUGCCGAGAUAUGAUAUAGAUCUCUCCUAUAUGUUUCAAAUGAAUCAAAACGAUUGCAGUACUGCAGAUGAAGAGUUGCCACCUGCAAUUUUACUAAAUAGGUUAUCUCCAUCUUUGAGGCGACACCCAAUGAAACAUCAUCAUGGAUAGGUCUCUAAAAUUCUUUAAUUUGAGUAACAACCUUUUAUGGUUUUAUCUAUUAAAUAUACCUAUUAUUUUUACGUAUGUAUAUUUAAUCCUUAUAUUUUUGAAGUUAUUUAUUUUAUAUAUUAGUACAAUUUUUAUAAAUAUAAAUAUAGACUUUUUAAAAUA